AUUAUAAGGUUAUAUUUAACACAUGGUCCGUGAUUCUGUGCGUUUCUUUCCCCACAUCAGUCCUUCUUCUUCUUCGCUGUUUUUUAUCUCGCUAACGCAAAGAUGGCGGAGGACGAGAAGAGUGGAGAGCCUGGAAACAAAAACGAGUUACAAGCUCUGAAGGAGCUCGUGGAUGACCUGUAUAAUUUCAGAGAUUGCUAUUUUGAGUCGCACAGUGAGGAGGAGGCCGGGAGAAAACAAAGCGAUGUCGCACAGGAGACAGAAAAGACACUGAAGAAGCUGGAGGAGAAAGAAGAUGAUUUAAAACACAAAGCAGAGUUUCUGCUGCUAAAGGGCAGGUGUCUGAAUGUAGCGCCUGACUUCAGUGCUGUAGCAGAAGAGUGCCUUUCCCGCGCUGUGAAGCUGGAGCCGGGCCUGGUGGACGGCUGGAACACAUUAGGGGAGCAGUACUGGAAAAAAGGAGAUCUGAUUGGUGCUAAGAACUGCUUCACUGGAGCCUUGCAUCAGAGUAAGAACAAAGUGUCUCUUCGUAACCUGUCCAUGGUGCUGAGACAGCUGCCAGCAGUGGACAGGGAUGCGCAUGGAAAGCAGGUUAUGGAGAGUGUUGAUAUGGCCAGACAGGCGGUGCAGCUGGAUGUUACAGACGGGAUGUCCUGGUAUAUCCUGGGAAAUGCUUAUGUGUCCCUGUUCUUCUCAUGUGGUCAGAAUCCACAGUUGUCUCAACAAGCUUUAAGUGCCUAUGCACAAUCUGAGAAAGUGGACAGAGCUGCCUCCUGCUACCCGGAGUUGCAUUUCAACAGGUCCACUCUGUUCCAGUACGAGGAGAUGUUCGGCUCGGCGCUGGAGGGCUACAGCCGAGCAGCGGCACUCGACCCCAGCUGGGAGAAGCCUCCAGAGAGAGAGAAGCAGCUGCUUGAGUAUCUAAGGAAAGUCACAGAGCUCAUACAGCACAAGGGGAAGGUGAAGGCUCGUCGGUUACGGACGAUGCUCUCCACCCUCAACACCUCAGCGUUGGGCCCCUGCUCCUCCCCUCAGUUCCGCUCCCCAACAGGCCGUGUUGGCAGCCUGGAGCCCAGAAUGCUUUCCUCCCUCACGCACGGUCUUCACCCUGGGGAGGCCGCUCUGGGCAAGGUGGUGUUCAGCUUGGCCACCGAGGGUCGCAUGGCCUUCACGUUCGGUAUGGUGGACAGCGAGGAGACGUGUAUAGUGGUGAUGGUGUACAACACGGCGGACAGCUGGGGCGUCCUGAUAGGAGAUACUGUAGUCAUUCCUGAACCUCAGGUCAAACGGAACAGCAUAACCCAUAAAGAUGAGUCGUUCGACUUCCGAAGUAUAAGAGUGGACUCUCCUCUGCUCCUCAUUGUCAACGGGAAGAAGCAAAACGUCCACAGUCAGAUUGCUGCCUCCGUCAGCUACAAACCACAGAGCGAAUGAGCCCGACAACAAGCAAGAGGACCAAAUUUUGAAUUUGAACACAAGUUUGCAUACUAAUGGAGGUGUUAAGUUUCCAAAGUUUGUGCAGGUUUUAUGUGAUGUCCUGUAAAUAGAUUUCACCCCGUGUCUUUGUAUGUAGGGAGACACUUUGUUUAUAUUUAUAAAUAUUUCUUUUUGUAUUAUUUUAAGGGGACAACAACGAGUUCAUGGAGAAAUAAAGGAACCUGGGAGGAUGAGAGUAUUCUGUCACAAUGAUUACUUCUGUUUACACUGAUAAAAAGAAACCCUUCUGUCUCAAUCA